UAUACAUAGUAUAUAGCUUACGGCCGCCAUAUUGCAGUUUAAAUGAAUAAAUUGUAAAAGAAAAGAUUCGAAUAUUCUGUUUAACGAAUAUAGAAAAGACAUCAAUUCCGUAAUCCAAUAAAAAUAUCAAUAAUAAUGGAUUCCUUGGUUGGUUACGGAAGCGACGAUGAGGUUGAGUCUGAUCGCUACAGUCGUCAACCAUCGACUCAUAUUUUAGGUGAGCAACAGCGGACGUCGAAAGGAAGAUGAUGUGAACUAUGACGAGGUCAACAUGGACUUGAGCGAGGUGGGUUCCCAAGGCGGAGAGUCGGAGCCCGAGCUGCCGCAAGCAGAGCCGCAGACAUCCAGAAAAUCUUCGCGAGAAGAUAGGCGAGGUUCCAAUGACAGUCGUGAUCGCGAACGUGACCGCGAGCGCUCCCCGGACAGACGCGAGCGGCGCCGCGACCGCGAGCGGUACGAGCGCGAGCGACGCUCGCCUCGGAGGGACGACAGGCACUACAAGGACCGAGCGGAGCGGUGUCGCGGACCGGAGAGUUCGCGACGCGGUGCCGACCGGCCGGAACCUAAGAUGCCAGCACUCAUGGACCUGAAGCCCUACAACGGAGACGCUCCAUUCGACGCGCGGGACGCAGCCUCGCCCAGAUUUGUUGAUCGUGAUCGUCGCGACAGAGAACGCGACCGCGACCGGGACAAUAGACACAGCAGGCGGUCAGAGGAGAGGAGGGGUGGCCGGGAUCGCCUCUCGGAGCGCUCUAGAUCGCGUGGAGCCGCUUUUCCACCGCCGAGUUCUAUUAUAAAUGAACAGAGAGGCUCUCCAUCUGGAGACUACAGGCCAUCCUCUUAUAAAGUUAACAAGAAACUAGAAGUUAUGGAGAAAAUGGGUCUACAGAUCAAGACUCCGGACGGGUCUAUGGCGACGGCUCAGCAGUUGCGCGCUGCGGCGGGCGAUGCGCCGCACGGCCUGCCCACGUACUGCAACACCGGAGCCAUCAAUUCCAACAAGAUACUCGACCAGGUGCAAAAGCGCAAAUUGCUAUGGUCUAACAAAGAGAAGAAAGUUGCGGAGGCAGAGGCAGCCAAGUGGAGCGGCGCACGAUUUUCGCAGGAUUCUGAUGGCAAACAAGUCUCUAAGUUCAUGCGUCUUAUGGGCAUCAAGGAUCCUUCUGCAGUGGCAACAGAGACAGUUGACGCUACUGCUGACCCCAAUAAAAAGCAAGAAGAGCUUUUCCAGGCUAUGCAAGCACAGUACGAGGUUGCUCGCGCGACCACGCAUACCAUGCGAGGCGUUGGUCUUGGCUUCCAGCGGGGAAAUUUUUAAGAUUAACUGAAACACCAGAUGGUGUAAUUCAAAGACUAAUAUCAAGUUAAAACUUGCCAGCUACUAAGAUACAUGGUGAAUUAAACCAGUUUAGAGUAUUUUUUUAGUAGGUGUUUUAAAUUAGAGUCUAUCUUGCAAGAAGUGCAGUGGUGAUCUGUGAAAGUUUCAAUGCAAGAAAUGUUUUCGAUUUUAGUGUAUAGUGUUGAGGUUCAUCACUUGCAGGUCAGUUUGGGGAACUUUUAAUAAUAUGUGUGAAUUCUAGUUAUAUCUGAAAUAUUACAUCAGAUUACUGAACAGAAGAUUUAAUUAAAUCACUUUCUGCAGACAUACCUAGUAUAUGUUUUUUUUUUUCAAUAUCACGGGUACCGUCUUAGUUUAUUAAUAUUGUUAUGAUGGAAAACUGUUUAAAACUUUAAAUAAAGCUACAUAAUUAUUUUUUUAUACUAAUUAUUAUUAUCAGUAUAGGAUUGAACCAAUGUGUUCUGUCAACUUUCCUUAUAUAUUUGUUUCAUUUCAUCAACAACAUUAUUUUUUUAUUCAUUAUAUCUAUUUUUCAAUAGUUUAAGUAAACUUUGGUCAGACUGUGCACUAAUGUGGCCUUCACACCAUCCAGUCAUGAUCACCAUCGGCUGAAUGUUAAAAUUGUAAAUUCUCAUAAAGGAUGAUGUGCAUUUUCUCCAGUAUAUGGUGAUAAUAGUGAAACUAGUAAGAUCUGGAUUAGUAUACUAACGCAAAAAAAUGCCAGACAAAAUACUAUUCCAAAGAUUUUUAAUUUAAAUAAAAAAAUAACGGAUGUAAAAACAUCCAAUCAUUUUUUAUGUAUAAUUGUACUAGUUUUUUAUGCAAAGUAGUAGUAGCUUUUUGCAUAUAAUUAAUGCAUAUGACUAAAUAAUAGUUAUAAAGUGAACACAUUAUUACUAUUUAUAUUAGGUAGCAACGUCUAAUUUAAAUGGUUUGAUGUAUUUUACGACAUUAUUGAGAGCGUCAAUAUUUUCGUUGUAAUUUUUACAUAAACAUGCAUUAAUAUAUUAGACCUUAAUGAAAAUUCAAGUCUUUUUAAAAAGCUCUCUAUGCAAGCUAAAACUUCCAAUGUAAAAUAUUUGUUGUAAGGAUGUGUUGUAUUUUAAUAUUCUUGAGAUAAAAUAUAUGUUGCAUCAUUCUGGAUAAUGUAUGUUAGUGAAAACGUAAUUAAAAAUGUCAAAGGCUUUGUGUGAUAUAAAUCAUAUUUCUAUGUGUUUGCAAAAGUAGUGAGCAAUGUUCUGUUAUUGUGUGCGUAAUAGCAUAAUAUUUUUAUAAGUUAUCUGUUUCGACUUAACUACUAGUAAUGAUCACUACUUUUACAAAUUGUAAAUAAAUAAAUAUAAUUGUAUAAUAAAUGUUAA